AUGGACUCACAAAAAGUUGGAACCCAUUCGACAUUCCAGGGCAAUGAUCACGCGAUUAAUGAUACGGUCGUAAAGAAACCUCAGCAAGAUGAUCCAUCAAGUGAGGACUCGUUGUCAUCAAGCCAGUCAAAUAGUGAUGAUGAUUCUUAUAGGGAUGAAGGACACGGUCCUGAUAAAGCCACGAGCCUGACUUUUGCAACUGCUGGACAAAACCCGCCAUCGCCAAAAAAGGCUGUUGAAUCAGUAACAUCAGUCGAGUCUUUAACUGCACACUUACCUACUACUAGAAGUGCUUCUCCUAAAACAGCCGACACCUCUGCUAGCAAUAUUGUAUCCACCAACCCGUCAGUGCCGACAAAGACCAAUUUAGUUACGCACCCACCCCAAAACCAAGACGCUUUUGAUGCAAAUAAUAGGCACUCGCACAGUACCUCGCCAAAUGAAUCUCGAAGUGGUUCCGCUGACCCUUUAAAGAACUUGAGUCGUGUGCAACAGCAGCGUACGAAUGAAAUAAACAAAAUCUUUUCCAGGUUAAGCAAUGCCACGGCAUCAAAUUCACAAAACGUUGACAAUUUGUUACUUGAACAUCAAAUAUCGAUCUUACUUAAAGCAUCGCCCUUGGACACCGAGGAAUAUGCCAGUCAUUUAAACAAACUUGCCAACAUUUUGUUUGAGGAGAAGUACGAUUCCAAAUACACUACAAGUUUACACAACAAAUAUCAAGAAUUGAUCAAUAUCGUUGAACAGUUUGUCAACUUUGCCAACCCCUUGAAAUCGCAACUUUACCUUAUCAUUGAACACAAUUUUGAAAUCAUGAUGAAGAUUGCCACUAGUUACAAAUCACUUGAAAUUUCUACAAUAACCAUACGAUUCUUAACGACGGUUUUUAUGAAUUUAAAUUACUGGGAAUUGUACAACUUGUUGACUUGGAAGCCCGUCAUUUAUCAUUUCUUAAACCUCAUAGGCCUUGAUAUCCACGAGUGUUAUCAGAAAUUUCUCAACGACUAUGAAUAUUACUCAUAUAACAAAGUUAAACAGCCACUAGCAUUGCCAAGAUCACGAGUCAGAUCAAGAAAGAGAAAGAUUAGGAAAAUGAUUGACGACCUGGAUAUGACGGCUGAAGAAAAGGAACGCACGCAGCGUUUCUUUUCCUUAAACCCAGAUACUGCCGAUCACGACAAGUAUGUAGCUGAUAUCGUUUCCGGUGCCAAUAAACAAAAGCGGACUUUCAGGCCUGAUGUCAAGCUUGAACAUCACAAGAUUAUCAAAAAACCAAUUAAUGCAACAGCGUUGGACAGAACGCCAGGCAAAUCAUCCAAUUAUGACCCAGAUGUCGUUCACGAGUGUCAAUUACCAUCGGCUGAAAUACCCCACAAGCUAUGUUUGAGAAGAUUUUCAAGAAAAUAUGAAUUGAUUCGACAUCAAGAAACAGUGCACUCGAAAAAGAAGAAACUAUUCAAGUGUUAUGUUUGUGUUAAACAGAACCCCGGUGUUGGUCCAAGAAUCUUUACCCGUCACGACACUUUGGCCAAACACAUUAGAGUCAAUCAUGAAAUUUUUGGCAAGGAAGCUAAAGCUGAAGUUGCCUAUUCCAAAAAACAUGCCGAGGUGGUUGAAGAAGGCGAUAUAACAGUGCAUGUCGGAAGGCGGAAGACAAAAGUCGAUUUUGAAUUGAGGGCUCAUAUGGAAAAGACAGGAAACGAGUGUUUUGGUAGUUAUUUGGAGACCAGUGAUUUGGAAUCUGGUGAUGAAGAAGUUGUUUUCAAUAAUCCUACUCCAACUCCAUCAUAG